AGAGCGGCGAACCGUGGAAGCUCCACAGUCUUACCUCUGUGGGGAAGCAGUUAUGUUGUAGUGUCCCGGGAUGAGUGCUUCAGAACUCUCGUCAUGGCCACUGGAUAACUCUAUCAACAAUGUGGUGUGAUUUUCAGGACUCACAAAGUAUGGGGCUUCAAGGCACGACCUGCAAGCGAAAGUUGGAGUGUGACAGUGCGUCACCAAGCAAGAUGAGUCGAGUGGACGACUGGAUGAGUGAUCAGUACUUGCCCUCUGGUAAUGCACGCUACCAGUACUACAGCGGUUACAGCAGCCCUGCACCGAGCGAGGAAAGGCCAACGACUUGCUACCAGCCGCAGCAGACCAUCCGGCGCGACGAGAACGGCAAGUCUUACCUAGAGCUGGGGAGUUACAGUACGAAUAGUGGCAAGUGUUGUGAAGGAAGGACUAACUGGUGCGCCAGAGGACCCUCAUGUUACCGCCAGCGGCGCUUGGCCGUAUUGAACAUCUCCAUGUGUAAACUGGGUCGCUAUCGGCAGUACAGCGACCCCAGUCUCCACCGGUCUGUGCUCAUCUGCAACACGCUGAGACUGAUCGAGCGCGAGAUGGAGCAGGAGGGCUACUUCUCUGCGAGCCAGUCGCACGCUCCUGCUGCGGAACCUACCCACCAGCAGUUCCCCGAAGUGCCUCAUCCUUACGAGCCCCCACGGGUCGCAACUCCCUUUCCCUCGGCAGCGGACGAUUCACUGUCCAUCAACUGGGGCUCUGUCCUCAGUCUGUCCAGCCAGUCCGACCUGGACCCCCUCAACAACAACGACUCCGACCCCGAGCUGGAAGACUUCCUGCCUUCUUGGAAAGUAACGCCGGACGACAUCAUGCGGAGAUCGUCUGACUCCUCGGAGUUGGACAGUAUAAUGCAUGUCCUCGUUGGCACGUGAUCGUUUGCGCUCUCUUUUAGGCUUUUAACAAAUUUAGGUUCUUUGAUUUUCUAUUUUCGGUGCAAUAUGAACGUUUAUAAGCACUCCAAUGGUUGUAUUUGUAUUAAAUAUUUAAAAUAAGCUGUCUUCGUAUAAUGUACAUUUUUUGUAUAUAUUAUCCUCAAAAUAUUUCUUGCCAUAAAAUAUUUUUGUGCAAAAUUUUUGUUCAAUCCAUUAACCAUUUAUUCAGAAUUGGUACAAAAAUAAUUUGAAAGUAUCUACAUUCCAUCAAGGAAAAUAAAUAAGCAACCGAAAUGAGAAUAAUAGAACACUGUAAAGUGCUUGCCACGAUUGUGCAGUCCACUUUUAAUAUUAUAAAACUUCAUCCUUUAAUCAGUGUUAAUUUUUUAUAUAUUUAACAUCUCAUUGUUACUCGUCAAAAUUUAUUUAACUAAUAAGACAAUUAAUUCACAGCUGUUUUAAUUAUACUGUGUGCUGUAGAUGUAAAAACGUGUCAUUAUUUGUGUACUUAAUUUAAACUCAGUGUAAAAGACAAGUAGACGUAGAUCAUUACUAGAUCAUUGGCCUACUUGUGACAUGAGAAGACCAACUUUCAAAGUGUUUUUAAAAUCAAUUACCUUUAAAUAUUAAAAGUUACUAAUUUUAUCCUAGUAGUUUACUACUAUAAAAAAAUCUAAAGGUUACUAACAUAUAUUAUGCAUUCUACUCAAUGACAUAGGCGUUUUCUGCAUUUGAACUUUUUCUGAUAAGUAUGAAUGACAAUAUCUAUAAAAAUGACACAAGAUUGAUAAAAAAAAUCUUAUACAAAAUGUCUAGUCCUGUUACUUUAGUAGUGGAAUGCAGUUACAGUCAUGUUCCCAAAAGAACAGCCAGGGUUUUUUGUUUCAAAGUUUGAUUAUAGUUUUAUAUUUUUGGCACUCGUAGCUUUAGAAUUUCUGGUAAUACAUAUUAAUUCUUCAGAGAAUUAAAGUAUCUAUAAAGAUUCAGUGUUUAUUUGAGAAUUCAUUUAAAGAUGAUGGAAAUGGCCAAAUUUACCUUAGAUUUGUAGAAUACUGUAACAAAUAUCCCCAGAGGUAGUCUCUACUAAAAGUUUUGAGACCAUGAUCUCAUUCACUGGUUUGAGGGUGAAAUAAAAAAUAUAUCUUAACAGAAGUAUCUCCAAACAUAAAAUUGUAAAAAAUUAUGUGACACAUACAGAAUUUUGCACCAAACAGAAACAAACAAACAAGUUACAAAAAAUACCAGGUCUGGUAGGAUCUGCCUCAACCACAACCACAUGAAGUAUGACAACCAAUUCAUUGAUUUGUUUAGUGUCAAAAUGUCUUAAAUUAUACAUUUUUAACUAGAUAUUUGUGAAGUUACUAUCUCAGGUAUACUUUUAAUUCCUCCUUCAAAACUGAGGAUGAGAUCUGAGUCUCAAGACCAAUAGUAAUAUCGGUGUCUGAGGAUGUUUGAAAAUGUACCAUAAAUAAAUUAUGGUUUGCAGUUUCAAGGCUUUAUAAAAUGAAUAUUUAAAUACCUACUGAAAACAAUUUUCAAAAGUUAAAUUCAAAAAUUUAGUUUUGUAUAAUGUCAUACAAUGUAUAAUUUCUUUAAAUUGGAAUGUGUGUUUUAAAAAGGUCUUGAGCAACUUUUGAUUAGUUGUUGGUCUUUUCAUGCCUAUGGGUAGCAUGCCCAUUUGUUGUCAAUUGCUGAAGACAAGCAUGGUGCUAAUGUGUGACUGUAUUUCUAUAAAUAAAAAUACUUUGUUAUAAUGUUCGUCUAGCAUUCUAUUUACAAGAAACAUUAUUUCUAUUUUAUUCAGAUAGUGUUCAAUUUUUGAAAACUCUUCUUUUGAAUUCAGCUCAAUUUUGUGUUAACAUCGAAUAUUAUAUUGUUCUAUAGUUGGCAGCAAUUGUGGACUUCAUCUGUCGUACUGGCAGUGUGAGUUCCCUUCUAGACUUAUUCUGUAAUACUGUAUUGUUACAAAUAUUUUGUAUGAAAUUUGCUCAUUUAUGUGGAUAUUAUAUAUUUUAAUGAAUGGAUUAAUGUUAAAAAUUUUGUCAGUGUAUCUUGGAAAAUGUGUAGACUAAUACAUUUUAACUGUUGAUUUUAAGUAAUUAUAAAACUGUUUGGUAUAUCAUCAUCAAUAGCUUCAUAAAGAGUCUUAUCUCAAAAACUGGGUUUUUUCAAUUACACCACCUCAUUGCUUGUUUAGACAGUUUAUUCGUUCUUUCAUAUUGGAUAUUCAGAAGAUAAUUUAGAUUAUUAUACUUUUAAUAAGGGUACCACUUCUGGAAAAUGUAUGUUAUUGAGAUACGUCUCUUUGCUGUAAAAUUGAUGAUGUUUACCAAUAUUUAGACAGUAUUUUAAUUUGGUCCUUGUGACACGUCAACUGAGUUUCAUUCAGCUAUCGAUUAUACUUCAAUUUUAACAAGAUUAUAUACAUUUGUCAUUUCUUUCUUUUAAAAUUAUAAAUUUUUAUUGGUGCAAAUUGUGAGAUACAUUAAGUUAGUUUUCUAAGGCAUAUUUUACGUUGUACAUAAACAGAGAGGUUAUAAAUUUAUUUAUAUGAUUUAGUUCAACUGUACAUAGGAAAAAUAGAUAAAAAUUGUAUAGAAAACUCAAAACAAUAGUUGUACAUCAAAAUAUCUAGUCUGUUAUUUUAACAUGCUACAUAGAAAGUGAGGGAAAUAUGUUUGAAAUUGUUUUAGUUUUAUGUAGUUAUUCCAGGUAAUAAUUUUUUACAUUAUAGUAAUGCUAGCCCUAAAUCUCUAAUUGGUAUCAAAAAUCUGUUGUCUUAUAAAAGGUGAUCAAAGGUGAUCUCAAAACAAAAAAUCAAGUAAUUGUAAUAAAAUGUGUCUGAUAGUCAUUUUCAUGAAUUCAUCAUCAAUAAAUAAUAAUAAACAGCGUUGUUUGGCUUGUAAUAAUUCAUUAAAUAUUUAUACAAAAAUUGAGUGAAAUCAGAAAAUUUAAUACAGAAAUUAUAAACUGUAACUAUUUAUCUAUGCCUUUGUAAACUUAUAUAGUUUUGAAUUUAAGAGUAUAAAAAAACUGAAUAUAAUAAUCCUUCUAUUUCUAAGUUAUAAAUCGGAUUGUAAGUUGUUCUUAGUAAUUGAAAGUGGCUUGAAUUAAAAAAGAAACCAAAAUUUUGUCAUCAAUCUUAUUGUAUCAAAAAAGAUUCAUUUAGUUAAGCGUAAAUUAAGGAGCUAGUGACCAAUUCAUAUACUUAGGCAAAAAUUUUCAAAGCUACAAUGAACAAGUCUUAAUUUAAUCUUUUCAGUGUUAUGUAAAGGUAAUUAAGUAAUAUUUAUAUUUUAAUAAAAAGGAAUGAAAGCAAUUUAUCAGUAUCUUGAAAAUAAAUGUGUGAGCAAUAAGAAUAAGAGUCAGGCAAAUUAAGCAUUCAAUAAAUAAUCGAAAAAAUACUGUUUGUGAAUAAAAUCAAAACAAAAAAAUUAUUUU